AUGGUGAUGGCCAGAAACAGGGGUGGGGUGGUGGGAUUUGACUCGAGUACCUUGGAUCUUCGACCUACCACCGCCAACACCGCCGCCAACGUCCGCCUCCGAGAUGCACGAUCUCAUCACAGUAGCUGGGGUUUUACAAUAGGGAAGUUUUCCGUGCCAACCAGAGCUGCGUUAAAAUUGCAACCAAACAACGCCACUCCGGCCGCCGCCCGCUACCGCGCGCUCGCCGACAUCACCGUGGAGGACUUCGACGCCAUGUCCGCAGUGAACGUGCGCGGGAUGUUCCUGGUGUGCCACAAGGUGGCCAACCACAUGUCGGCCGACAGUGGCGGCCGCGUCAUGACCUUGUCGUCAUCCAUCAUGGGCAGGCUCCUGCCGGGCUACACGGCGACCAACGGUCAAGUGGAUGCCAUGACGAGGAUCUUGGCCAAGGAGGUGGCGGCGAAGGUGAUCAUGGCCAAUGUUGUAACCCCGGGGCACGUGCGCAUGGAAGUGUUCCUGGCCGAGAAGGACGAUUCGGACUUCCAGAGCAUGGAGGCCCGGUCUAUGGGGCGCAUCGCACAGACAACAGAUGUGGUUCCGGUGGUGGCAUUUCUGUCCAGUAACGUCACCGACUGGGUGAACGGUCAGGUCAUCAGGGUCAACUAG